UAUUGUAAUAGUUUUUGUUAAAUAUACUAAGCCCGGCUUGUCUUGGUAUUUGGACACAAAUUGGAAUUGAGACUUCUAGAUUUAAUUUUAAAAAUAAUGUCUUUGUCAUACAUUUGGACAAUAUUAUUCCAAUCCUAAAGUGUACUUUGAGUUCGGUGACGAUUGAACAUGGGGGUUUUGAGUGUAAUGUGCUUUUAUUUUGUAUUUAAUGUGUUGUAUACUGUCUGCAAAGAAAAUGAAUACAAGUUUAUUCAAGUGGUUUUUACGAAGGGACAAAAACCGAAAUUUAUUUGCGAAAUUAAUCAAGAUGCAAAUUACCUGCUGCGAAAUCAUAUAAAAUGGGAGCGCAUUUCUAUGAACAGUAAACGAGAAGUACUGUCAACACUAGCAAAUGUACCAAAUGAACUAGAAACAAAUUACAGUGUGGAUAUACAGAGUUCCAGAAGUGGUGUUCAAUUUCAUCUUAAAUUUCUUCAAGAACUUGAUGGUGAUUUUGGUUUUCUUCAAUGUGUACUGUAUAAUUCUGACCACGAUAUUUUGCAAAUAAGACAAUUGGGCAUAUUUGCAGAAUCAACAGAACGAAAAAAAGGGGACAGGUUGAUAGAACAAUAUGAAUUUCAAGCACAUCAAGAGAUGAUACAUGAUAGUCCUGGGGAGGAAAAUAUUACAGAGUCAUCAAUACAGUUACAUGUCUUCCCGGACAAAUCAGAUAUGACUUACGAUACUGUAACUACAACGAAAGGAACUCAACCGAGAAUCACAAAACAGCUCAUUCCAUUUAUAUCAAUUUCUAACAAACCUAAACAAUUUGACGUUCACUUCAUUGCGUACCCAUCCCCAGUAGUGAUUUGGUACAAAGCUUGCUCAACUGCAAAACCUGUACGAUUAUUCAACCAUAUUACAUCCGCUACCAGAAGUUUCAUAAUAUUAUCUAGUAUAUACCCAGAGUAUGCAGGAUGUACCAUAUGUGUUCGAAUUCAAAACAUGUACGGAUACAUUGAAUCUUACACAGUUCUACUGAAUUCAAAUGACGAAUUUAAAAGUAGUGGCGUGAGUUAAAAGCGGAAACAUGAUAAUUGCAGAUUAUGGACGAUCAGGGUGGAAUUUCAACUCUUUGGGAGACGCAUAUUACUAAGUUUCAGUGAAUGGUGUUCAUGGAAGUGGGUUUUUUUGGUUUUAAAUAACUGUUGCAGUGUAGCAUGAUGACUUAAAUUAAUGAAAAAAAGGGUUAUCAAGUUUUAUUUUCAUUAAAAAGUCUGUACACAGUUUGUUUAAAAUAAAUUAUUAUCGUUUAUUCAAAUAAUAUGCAAUAUUGCUCUUUAUAAUUAAACUGUUUCGCAAAACAGUAUAUUUAAUUUGAAUUGAUUAGGACUUUCAUCAUAUAGCAUA